AUGCACAUACUUCUGUUCAGCUUGGGAGGGGGUUGGGAGCACCGGGGCGGGCAAGAGAGCGACUGGGCGUCUCGUCUAGGAGAGGACCUCGUGGCCUUCAACAUGGGAGACGAAAAGGAAGAGGGUAAAUGGAAAGAGAGCGCCAAGGACCCGGAGGUGUGGUACAACAAGGUCGAGGACGGGGCGGCAUGGUUCAUGACGAAAUGGCACAGGCAGGAGGCGGAAGCGUCCGCGAAGCGCCAGUGCGCGAGGGAAGCAGAAGCAGAGAGUACGGCCUCAGGACCGAAGAGAAAGAGAGCCGGGGAAGCGGCGGUGGGGAGAAAGAAACGUCGACCGGGCACUGCUGUAGAAGCGAGUAGGGCGGCCGAGGCGGCCCUUGUGGCGAAUUAUGUACCCGGCCGACUUUGCUGCGCCCUGUUUCCCUCCCUGCGUGCCUGGUGCUGGUACGUUACUCUUUGA